AGAUCUCACCAGAUAUCAUUCCAACUCGGCUUAAUUCCCGCCAGAUUCCUGUAGUAUCCAACGAUGACCCUGUCUAAGUACAGACUUUGAAGUUCUGCAAGGCAAUGCGAAUUCAAAAGGGCCCCGCUCUUCCAAAAUGUCGGCAGCAUUGUUGAAGGCAACCCGGUUAAGUACCGGUGAUACUGGUCAGUGGUAUGUGUAGCAGGCGACCUCCAAGAUCUAAUUUAGACAUUGGAAAGGUCGGAACGGAGGGAUUAGGCGGUAAGUUGGUGAAGAUGAACGAAAUUUUGUUAGCUUUGGCAUUGGGCAGUGAAUUUCGUAGGAGGCGUCACCACGUGCCGGUUUUUCCUUUAAGCGCGAAAGGCGCUUUGGCAAGUGAGUCAGAUUACCGUCGGCACGUUCAUUGUUUGUGCUUUGUGCAUCUCUGUGUAUGUACUUCCUUCAAAUAUCCGGGGGUGAAGGGCAGGAUAUACAGUAUAUGCUUUCUUAUGCACUACAACUUAAGAAACAGAAAGAUAACUACUUUACCAAUGUCCACUCAACUACAAAAAGCACUCAAAAGCAGCGGCCGGAGCAAAUGUUCUACCAAUGGGGAGAUGGAUACCCUGCCGAGGGAUACAACUGAUACAAGUGACAACUGUACGCACAAAUCCUUUUGUCAUUUCCCUUUUCGAACCACUGACCGGAAUUGUGGCGAACCGCGAACCGGUAAGUCUAUCGAGUCAGUUUCCAAUAAGCCAUACAAAAGUGCCUUCCCUGAGAAACCUUUACCGCAACUUCACAUAAAACAGCCUCAAUUAAUGGUGUGACCUACAUGGUUACAUAGAGCCUCAUUGAGUAGAUUCCGAGCAGAUCCCAGGAGAUUACCCGGAUAACAAGAUCUGGAAAUGCUAUCAGUUUGUAGGGCGGGAUAAUGCGGGAAAAAAUAUGGGUUUCUUGGCCUCAAAUUCUUGGAAAUAUGUAGCAGCCUGAGGUAGUCUGCAAAAAAAACAUAUAGA